AUGUAACAUCUUAAAUUAUCAAUUUCCUCAUUGAACUAAUCAUUUUUAUACUCUGGAAAUUUCAAAGAGAUGUCCUAUUAACAGCUAAUAUCAUAUGCAGAAGGUCGAUUAGGCCGAGUUCUCCCUCCUGAGUUCCAAUUUUUCUAUGUAAAUUCUGAGGGCAUUUAAUUUGUUGUUAAUAGUGAGGAAUAAAUACAGAAGGUAAAAAGUGAGAAUCAGCAAGUAAUCAAAAUCAUUCUUAAAGAAAAAGAGAAAGAGAAAGUUUAUCAUCCAAACACAAUUUGCAGUCAAUGUCACUCCUCUCCAAUUAUGAAUGCUAGAUACAAAUGUAUUGUCUGUGAAAAUAGGGAGUUUUGUGAAAAUUGUUUAGACCAUGGUUAAGUUCAUCCUUUGUUAAUUAUAUCCAAUCCAGAACAAGAGUAAUUUUUCGAUGGUUUUUUUAAAACAUCCAUGAAUAAAGUGAAGAACCUAUUCAAUUGUUAAUAUAAUUUAAGAGAUGCGUUUUUGAAGAAGAAGUCAGAGCUAUUUGGAACAAAUCAGAAGAAUCAUUAAUUAUAAUAGAUUAGUUUGGAACAUAAAUAAUUAUAAUAAAAAUAGGGAAAUUAGCAAUAAAUUGAGGAUGAGUUUAAUAAUAAAAUAUUAAACUUAAGUGAGAUAUUUGAAGGUACUCCAGAAUAAUUUGAAAAGAUUGUUAAAUAAAAUUAACACUUAUCAUUAGAAGAAUUAGUUGAGUUGAUAUCAGAUUAAACUUAAUGA